GGGUUUACCCUCGGAGGAGGCGUGGGCUGGUGACAGCGGAGGGCGGGAAGCCGUGCGUGUGUCCAGCGCGCAGGGGCUAUAUAGGAGCGCGUGAUGGCAAGCGCGCGGCGGAGCGCCGGGGCGGGCGGGGCGCGGGACGGGCGCUCGCUCGCCUGCUGAGCCUGCUGCCAUGAUUCGCUGCUCCCGUUGACGCCGGCGAAGGUUCCGAGAGGUGUCCGCACGUCCGUCUGUCCGUCCCUCCUGGGGCCGGCACUGACCAUGCCCAGAGGCUGCCACUGCUUCCAUCUCGUGUGCCUGUUGUACAUCCUGGGGGCCCGGGUUCCGCCGGCCCGAGCGGAUGACUGCAGCUCCCACUGUAACCUGGCCCACGGCUGCUGCGCGCCUGACGGUUCCUGCAGGUGUGACCCAGGCUGGGAGGGACUGCACUGCGAGCGCUGUGUGAAGAUGCCCGGCUGCCAGCAUGGCACCUGCCACCAGCCCUGGCAGUGCAUCUGCCACAGCGGCUGGGCAGGCAAGUUCUGUGACAAAGAUGAGCACGUCUGUACCUCCCAGUCCCCCUGCCGGAAUGGUGGCCAGUGCGUGUAUGACGGGGGCGGCGAGUACCACUGCGUGUGCCCGGCCGGCUUCCAUGGGCGUGACUGCGAGCGCAAGGCCGGGCCCUGUGAGCGGGCAGGUGCUCCGUGCCGGAAUGGCGGGCAGUGCCACGACGACCAGGGAUUUGCCCUCAACUUCACCUGCCGCUGCCUGGCCGGCUUCUCGGGUGCCCGCUGCGAGGUGGACGUGGACGACUGCCUGAUGCGGCCCUGUGCGGACGGUGCCACCUGUGUGGACGGAGUGAACCGCUUCUCCUGCCUCUGCCCCGUGGGCUUUGCUGGCCGCUUCUGCACCAUCAACCUGGACGACUGUGCCAGCCGCCCUUGCCAGCGGGGCGCCCGCUGCCGGGACCUGGUGCACGACUUCCGCUGUCUCUGCCCCAGCGGCUACGGUGGCAAGGCCUGCGAGCUGGUGCUGCCCGCCCCGGGGCCCGCCAGCACAGUGGGUCUGCCCCGGGCGCCCACGGGGCCUGUCCCCCACAGCGUGGGCGCCGGCCUGCUGCGCAUCUCGGUGAAGGAGGUGGUGCGGAGGCAGGAGGCCGGGCUGGGUGAGUCCAGCCUGCUGGCCGUGGUGGUGUUUGGGGCGCUCACCGCUGUGCUGGUCCUGUCCACUUUGCUGCUGACCUUGAGGGCCUGGCGCCGGGGGGUCUGCCCCCCUGGACCCUGCUGCUCCCCGGCCCCACACUAUGCCCCAGCACGCCAGGACCAGGAGUGCCAGCUGAGCAUGCUGCCGCCGGACACCCCCUUGGCCCCUGACCUGCCCCCCGAGCCUGGCAAGAGCACCGCACUGUGAUGGACGCAGGGCCGCAGCCCCCACCUGCUGCCAGCUCAGACUGCAGUGACCCAUCCUCACCGCCCCCAGUGGGGGGUACGAGUGUGGGUCCCCCCACUCCCCACAACCGGGCACCAGAAAGAUUAUUUUUUUAACACAUAAAAUGUACGACAGGAAUUUUAUCAAAUAAAACCCAGGAGAGCC